CAACAGCACUAAAUAAUAAAUAGACGGUUAUUUAGACAGUAGAUUAUUUUCAUGACUUUACUACAGAUCAGCCUCGCAUCAGCGCAUCUAUCAUUUCAUUACUGAACCAGUUUAGAAGAGCUUGUCUUUUCAUAUUUGUGGACUAAAUCUCUUAAAGAUGUUUGACAGAUUUUGGUUCUGUUUGUGUUUGUGGCAUCUUGUUGGUGUGUUUGCUGAUUCAGAUGCAGUGAAGUCAGUGUCAGUAAUGGAGGGAGAUUCAGUCUCUCUACAGACUAACACCAAACUGCUGGCAGAGGAUCUGAUAACAUGGACCUUUGGACGUCCAAAAACUCCUAUAGCUCAAAUCGAUAAAUAUACUGGAAGAUUCUCCACAUAUGAUGUUCUUGAUGGGAGAUUCAGAGAAAGACUUAAGCUGGAUCUUCAGACUGGAUCUCUGACCAUCACAAACACCAGAACCACAGACUCUGGACUUUAUCAAGUAACCAUCAAAGGCAUGACAGACACCACAUACAGAUUCAAUGUUGCUGUCUCUGGUGCGUUUGCUGAUUCAGAUGCAGUAAAGUCAUUGAUGCAGGGUGAUUCAGUCACUCUACAGACUAACACCGAACUACACACAGAGUAUUGGAUAACAUGGACAUUUGGACAUUCAGAGACUCGUAUAGCUCACAUUAAUAAAAAGUAUGGCAUGUUCUCUUUGUAUGAUGUUCUUGAUGGGAAAUUCAGAGACAGACUGAAGCUGGAUCUCCAGACUGGAUCUCUGACCAUCACAAACACCAGAACCACAGACUCUGGACUUUAUGAAGUAAUGUCUUUGGUGAGUCACAAUUACACAUACAGUUUCAAUGUUACUGUCUUUGGUGCGUUUGCUGAUUCAGAUGCAGUGAAGUCAUUAUCUGUGAUGGAGGGAAAUUCAGUCACUCUACAGACUAACACUGAACUACAGACAGAUGAUGAGAUAACAUGGACAUUUGGACAUCCAGAGACUCGUAUAGCUCACAUUUAUAAAAAGUAUGGCAUGUUCUCUUUGUAUGAUGUUCUUGAUGGGAAAUUCAGAGACAGACUGAAGCUGGAUCUUCAGACUGGAUCUCUGAUCAUCACAAACACCACAACCACAGACACUGGACUUUAUGAAGUAACCAUCAAUGGCACGAAACAGACCUCAUACAGAUUCAAUGUUACUGUCUUUGAUUAUGUCCACGAUUCUUCAGACUCUGUCUGCGAUUGUGAUUCUGCUGAAGCUGUGAUCCGAUUGGUCCUCUCUGCUCUGGUGGGCAUGGCUGCUGUCGCUGCUUUUGUUGUUCUGGUUUAUGACAUCAGAUCCAGAAGAGCUGGAAAGGAUUCUUGAUUAGUAUACUGAUUUUUAAUAUAUUUCUCUGUUCCUCCUCCUAAAAUUCUUAAAUUUGAACAUUGUUUUUUUAGUCUUAAUCUCAACAUAUUUUAUGUUCAUCAUUCUAGAUGAUGUUUUAUUUUAUUUUAUUUUAUAAUAAACAUGUGAUAUGAUUACAACAGUGUUACCUGUUCCUGGCACAGAUAUUCAAUGUCCUUUUAUAUUUUUAUUCGUUCAUUGUGUUUAUCGGGAAUGCUUUCUACAUUGUUAUAAUUCUUCUUGUACUACUCUCUGCCUCCUACCUGCGGGUGUCGUUGUUGGACAGUGUUAUUCCUUUUUCCUGCUUGCCUUGCUGCUGUUUUGUGAUCAUAGCUCCGUGUAGCUUUGUUUUUUCUCU